AUGGACUUCAUUCAUCAUCCCCAGCUUCUCAUGGGACAGCAGCGACGUGGAGGCAAACUGCCUCGACUCUGUCUCCCAGCUCGGACCCGGCACGCCAAGCAGAGAGAGUCGGCUCCCCCGCCCGCGUACCAGCCCAUCGAUGGCACGGAUCCCGAGACGACAACCGACAAGCUGCGCCGGCUCUCCCAUGACUUCAGCACGAUGACGAUGCGGAAGAGGGGCAAGCUCAAGGACAAGAUCCUCAAGCCGCAACCGCGCGAGGAGCCCCCGCCCCCCGGCUCGGACGUCACGUACCUCAUCCUCAUGGACAUCGCCCCGCGGGAGGCCGCGCCCGAGUACUACAGGGGGGAGUGGCUGGCGUGCCUCGAGUUCACGACGCGGGACCUCCCGCGGCUGAUGGUGGAGGGCUUCUUCUGGGACGCGGGCAACGUCGUGCCGGAGGGGGGAGGGGGCAGCGUCGUCGCGGGGGAGCUGCGGCAGUAUGAGCAGCAGUUCGGGUUCCGGCACGCGCGGGUGUACAGGUGUCGGAGCGGAGGGGAUGGUGGUCCGGAGUGGACGGGGACGAUACGGGUGUCGGCGAGGGAGCUCAGGGUGCUGACCGAGUUUGAGAUUGGGAUGCUGAGUGUGGAUUUGGUGUUUAGGAUGGAAGCGAGUUGCGGGUCGGGCGAGAGCCGGCAGAAGGUGUAUCAGUAUAGCGUGCAGGAGGAGGAGAAGAGCUUUAAUGCGUGGUAUGAUGAGGCGGUUUUGAAGGGUUGGUGGCCGUGGCCCUGA